AUGAUUAUCUCAGCAAAUACGCUCCUGGCACCCGGUGACGGUGACGUCGGGGCCCAUGCCCCUCCUUCACCGGCGGCCUUUUUUUCUUCGUUGGUGCAAUUGACCUGUGUUCAUAUAAUUCUAGGUGUGAUUCAAAUCACGAUAACAAACCCCACUAUGGCUGACCAAAAAGUUGCCUUGAUUGUGAUUGAUGGCUGGGGUAUUGCAGGCCCCGACUCCCCACCCCAGGGAGAUGCCAUCGCCGCGGCCGAUACCCCACACAUGUCCGGCUUCGCUGAGCCCAACUCCAAGACUGCCCAGGGCUUCGCCGAGUUGGAUGCCUCCUCGCUCGCUGUUGGUCUGCCCGAGGGUCUGAUGGGCAACAGUGAGGUCGGUCACCUGAACAUUGGUGCUGGUCGUGUUGUCUGGCAGGACAGUGUUCGCAUUGACCAGACCCUCAAGAAGGGUGAGAUGGGCAAGGUCCCCAGUGUUGUCAAGUCUUUCACCCGUGCAAAGGAGGGUAAUGGACGUCUCCAUCUUCUGGGCUUGGUCUCUGAUGGUGGUGUUCACUCCAACAUCACUCAUUUGUUCGCCUUGCUCCAGGUCGCCAAGGACAUGCAGGUCCCCGAGGUCUUCAUCCACUUCUUCGCUGAUGGACGUGAUACCGACCCCAAGAGCGCCGACAAGUUCAUGAAGCAGGUGCUUGAUAAGACCCAGGAGAUUGGUAUCGGCGCGAUUGCCACUGUCGUGGGCCGCUACUACAUCAUGGACCGCGAUAAGCGCUGGGAGCGUGUUGAGGUUGGCCUCAAGGGCUUGGUCACUGGCGAGGGCGAGGACAGCUCGGACCCGCUGCAGACCAUCAAGGAGCGAUACGAGAAGAAUGAGAACGAUGAGUUCCUGAAGCCCAUCAUUGUUGGCGGCAAGGAGCGCCGUGUCCAAGAUGACGAUACCCUCUUCUUCUUCAACUACCGCUCGGAUCGUGUCCGUGAAAUCACCCAGCUGCUGGGCGACCACGACCGUUCCCCGCGUCCCGACUUCCCUUACCCCAAGAACAUCUCCCUCACCACCAUGACCCAGUACAAGACUGACUACACCUUCGAUGUUGCUUUCCCCCCUCAGCACAUGGGUAACGUGCUGGCCGAAUGGCUUGCCAAGAAGAACCUCCAGCAAUGCCACAUUGCUGAGACUGAGAAGUACGCUCACGUCACCUUCUUCUUUAACGGUGGUAUCGAGAAGGAUUUCCCUGGCGAAACCCGCGAUAUGAUCCCUUCGCCCCGUGUUGCUACCUACGAUCUUGACCCAAAGAUGAGUGCAGCUGCUGUCGGUACCAAGAUGGCUGAGCGCCUUGGCGAGAAGAAGUUCGACUUUGUCAUGAACAACUUCGCCCCUCCCGACAUGGUUGGCCACACCGGCGUGUACGAGGCCGCCAUCCAGGGUGUUGCUGCCACUGACAAGGCCAUUGGCGAGAUUUAUGAGGCUUGCAAGAAGAACAACUACGUUCUGUUCAUUACCGCCGAUCACGGGAGAUGCUCAACGAGAAGGGCACCCCCCAAGACCUCCCACACCCUUAACAAGGUUCCCUUCGUUAUGGCUAACGCCCCUGAGGGCUGGAGCCUCAAGAAGGGCGGUGUCUUGGGUGAUGUUGCGCCUACCGUUCUCGCCGCCAUGGGCGUUGAGCAGCCCGAGGAGAUGACCGGUGCCAACCUGCUGGUCAAGUCCUAG